GUAUGAGCGGCUCAGGUUUCCCGGGACAUGUCACGGAGGGCGAUGACGAGGACAGUCUGUCUCCUGAGUCGUGCUACGAGUGUAAGAUCAACGGAGCAGGAGCAGGAGCCAAGAACGGACGCCACAGACGCCACACUGACGGAAACGAACUCAACGAGGAGCCAGAAGUGAGCAUGGCCAGCAUCGACACGCAGGGCCUGAUCCCCAUGAACCUCACUCUGUCCUCGCUGCUCAACAAAGAGCCUCUGCUGGAGCUCCUGCCGGCCCUGGAGCCUCUGGAGCACCACGUCCGCUACGUCAUCACUCACGGGAACGCCAACGAACACUUCCGCCUGCUGGAGCGACGCGACGGCAAGAGCGUGCUCCGGCUCGCCAAGAGGGCGCCCCCCGCGGGAUCCUACCGGCUGGAGAUCGCCAGCCUGAGGCUCUUCGGGCCCCGCAGACUCCACCAGCUGGAGGAGCAGCACGACACUGACUACCUACGAGGGGAGAUAGGAGACGCCCUGCGCAUCAAGCUCCUCAUCCACCUGCACUGAGCCCAGAGUGCGCUCACCAUCCUGUCCUGGACUGAUUCCUAAAAGCCUCUAACCUUCCCUUCCAACCCUUUUUCUCCGAUAACUCCUCCCCCCUGCAGGAGCACCCCCACCUGCAUCAAGGGCUACGAAAGACUGAGUCAAUCAGCCCAACUCUACCACCACUUUGUUACUGUUGUUGUUAUUAUAUGUUCAUGUUUUAUGACUACACUUCCUCAUGCGCCCCUCCACUUGUAGUUGACCCAGCACUCCACUGAGAACCGGUGGAGGAGAAAGCAGAGAGGUGAUCAGUGUUUGGACCGUAGCACCCUGAUAAAGACAAAAAUAAUGGUUAAAAAGUCCAUGAAGCACUUUUGUACACAAGCAGUACAAGAAAAUAAGUGCAGAGAGCAGCCAGAAACGGUCUAAAUGCCAACAUUAUAAGUAUAAGGGGUCGGGUGGUCCAAGGACUUUCUCACCUCUCUGUGAUCUUGGUAAAAAUAAUUCACAACACUGGGGAACAAUGUUCGUCACGUCCGCCCCUUUCAGUAUUGUAGUGUGUCAUUUAAUGUAUUUGUGCUGUUUGAAAAAUGUUAACACGAAGGACUGCAACAUUUACACAGCAUUUCAGGUUCUUCAGUCCAUAGCAGGUCUGUUUUAUAGCCGUAUGAAAACCCACUUUCUGCGAGCUACUCUGACGUAGCCGACUUUUGUCAAGCAGGGAUUAGCGUGUUUGCGUGUGUGUGCGGUCAUGUUUGGUUACCUCAGUGCUUCUCACCGUGCGGCGAUGCAGAAUUUGAAACAAAAGAGGGUGCUAGUGUCGCUCAGGAUCCAUCGUGAGCAGGGAAUAAACACCAGUUAUUAGCUCAUAUACCUCAGUCACACCAACGCAACUCCGGUUCAAGCUCCGUGCCAGAGCUUUUCAGGUUCAGAACCGGUUCUUCGGUUUA